AUGUUGGCUAGCGCUGCGGUCCUACGUGCUAGGAUCCCGUCUACGAUGCGGAAUGUCUCUACACAUAGCGGCAAAGGCAUCUCUGCGGUAUUGCAGAAGAACCCAGAUGAUGUGGUCAUUACCUUUGCAAAGCGUACCGCGAUGGGGAGGAACAGAAAGGGUCAAUUCAAGGAUAUCCCAGUGGAUGAAAUGAUGCAAGCUCUGCUCAAGGCAACCUUUGAGAAGACAAAGCUGGACCCCGCGAAACUUGACGACAUUUGUGUUGGCACAUGCCAUCCUCCUUCUCCAAUGUACUCCUCGCGGGCCGCUGCUCUCGCAUCCGGCAUUCCUCAUGAUGUUCCUAUCUCGACAGUGAACAGGUUAUGUGCAUCCGGGCUUAUGGCCAUCCGAAACAUUGCCCAUGCUAUUCAGUCAGGGGAGAUAUCUAUGGGAAUGGCAAUUGGAGUGGAGAAUAUGACACUCAACCCUCGUCCUACGCCUAUUAUUGCUGAAUCUGUGGACAAAAUUCCCCGUGCUCACGACUGCAUCCAACCUAUGGGUUGGACGUCUGAGAUGGUUGCUCAAACCUACAAAGUCUCGCGACAGAAGCAAGAUGAAUAUGCCCUCAUAUCACAUACUCGCGCAAACAAGGCGAUGGCCACAGGUAUCUUCGCUGAGGAGAUCAUUCCGGUCGAAAUCCGAGGGACUGUGAUAUCUGUUGACGACACAAUCCGGCCUGGCGUGACGACGGAGAUGCUAUCUGGGCUAAAGCCUGUGUUCCAAGAUUGGGGCAAUGCAGCUACCACUGCUGGAAACGCCAGUGGCAUUGGCGAUGGUGCCGCGUUAUGCAUUCUCACGACAAGAGAGCGCGCGGAGAAGGAAAACAUGGAAAUUCUCGGGAAAUGGGUUGGAAGCGCAGUCGUCGGUGUCGAACCCCGCUACAUGGGCAUUGGCCCCAUCGCCGCUAUCCCUAAGGUCCUCACGCAAGUUGGUCUCACUAAGGAUGAUAUUGACAUAUAUGAGAUCAAUGAAGCAUUCGCUUCGCAAUUUGCAUACUGUGUCGAAGAACUUGGCAUUUCCAUGGACAAAAUCAACCCGAAUGGUGGGGCAAUAGCCGUGACGCACCCUUUGGGAAUGACUGGCCUUCGUCAAGUUGUUACCGGCCUCGCAGAACUCCGCCGGAGAGACAAAAAGUUUUUGUGCACAAGUAUGUGCGUCGGCAGUGGCAUGGGUGCGGCAGGUAUCUUCGUGAACGAGGCACAACCAUUUCGUGAAGCGAAGUUAUAG